GGCUCAUCUGAAUUUCGAAACACACAAAGAGAGACGCACUCACUCUGCUCACCAGGUCCCUCCACUCCAGCCGAGAAACCGCCGCCGCCGCCGCCCGCCCGCCGGAGCCGGAGAUGAAGAAGAUCUUCGGCGCCAAGAAGAGCAAGGACCCACUGCCCACCAUCCAGGACGCCACCAACCAAAUAAACAAGCGGGGCGAGAGCGUGGACGAGAAGAUCAAGAAGCUGGACGAGGAGCUGGCGCGGUACAAGGAGCAGAUCCGCAAGGCCCGCCCCGGCCCCUCGCAGGAGGCCAUCAAGGCCCGCGCCAUCAGGCUCCUCAAGCACAAGCGCAUGUACGAGGAGCAGCGCAACAUGCUCUACAACCAGACCUACAACCUCGACCAGGUCGGCUUCGCCGCCGACGGCCUCAAGGACGCGCAGCAGACCAUGGGUGCAAUGAAGGCCGCCAACAAGGAGCUCAAGGGGAUGAUGAAGACCGUCAAGAUCGAGGACAUCGAUAAUAUGCAAGAUGAAAUGACGGAUCUGAUGGACGUGAGCAACGAGAUACAAGAAUCUCUUGGUAGAAGCUACAACAUCCCCGAUGAUGUUGACGAGGAAGAUCUAAUGGGAGAACUGGAUGCUCUGGAAGCUGAUAUGGAGUUUGAGUCAGCUGCAGUCCCAUCAUACCUUCAGCCAGAUGAGGAAUCUGAUCUUAACUUGCCCGCUGCACCGACUUAUCCUGCAGCAGUUCCCGUAAGCAGGCACCAGGAGGACGAGCUUGGACUGCCACCGGUACCUCGAGCGUCGCUCCGUAGUUAGAACUUGGAAGUAUUUCCCGACCUUGUUCUCAGUGUUACUACCUCAUUGUUAAUGAUGCGGGAGAAGUCUUUGUGUUUGCACUUCAACAAUCCUUGUAAGCCAUUUCUUGAUGGUACUGCCUCUUAUGGCUAAGCUGUGCAAUGUAGCUAGUUUCCGGCUCUGCUUUGCUCUA